CAAAACCGGGUUUCAUUAUUUUGAGUAGGGGAAAAGAAAGGUUGAAGCAGAGAAGAAGGGGGAAGAGGGAGAACAGCUACGACGGUCGCUGCUUCGCCGUUGUUCCCACCGACGACCUGUCUCCGGCCAGCGACGCUACACACAGACCACCGUCGCCGGAUUCCCCUCCAGGCCGUCUCCCCUUUGCUUUCCGACGAUUGUAUCAAGGGCGUACGUCACCGGUUUCCUCCUUCUAUCUUAGCCUCCUCCGUCUUCCGUCGACUGUAAUCAGCUCCAUCGUCGCCGGAUUCCUCUUCUGCCCUUCCCUCCUCCUUUUUCUGUGUUUUUCCAUCGCCCCUACUAGGACCACCUUCGUCGCCGCCUCUGCUUUUCCGGUCAACUCCUCCGCUGUUGUCAUGGCCGGUGGUGGUCGUCGGAAGCUAGGACAUUCCACCCCGAGAGAAUUGUUUCCGUCGACAAGCCAUGAAAAUAUGAAAACUUCUCCGGAAGUUACCCCAUCCCCUAAGCCAUGUGUAGGUGGUUCUGGGACAUCUACUCAGGUUCCUGAGACGCAAGAUGGUAACUCUCUCAUGGGUGAGGUUCCUACCCCCGUUGCGAGAAGGACUUUGCACCCGACGGGGUUAUGGUUCGAUGAUAACACCGUGAGCACCUCCAUUACAAAUAUUUUUCAAGCACAUUGGCUCAAACCAUGGCUUAACUAUGAAAUGGUUGACAAGGUUACUAAGACCCACUGGUGGAACUCGUUUACGAAACAAUACCUUUGGAAUGCUGAUCUUGAUGCCCUCGUGAAGAAGGAGUAUGAAAAGAAGGCACAUAAGAGGCUAAAAGAGAUUACAUACAAUGUUUCGGUCAGAAACAAGUCAGUUCCCAGAUGGAUGGGAGAGUGUAUGUUUGAGCGAAUUAUGGAGAAAAGAAAGGAUCCGGUUUUUCUAGAGAGGUAAGAAAAAGCAAAGAAGAACAGGAGGGGUGGCUCCCUGUCCAAUCCAAUUCAGCCGUUACACUUCCAAGGUUCUAUCUCUGCAUCAAAGCAUGCAAAGAAAAUGGCUUAGAAAGCCGGUGGAGUGCUUCCAACUGCUCCUGAAGUGUUCCUAAAGACACAUUUCAAGGAAGUUCCUGGAAAAGGAAAAGUUGCGGCUAACAAGAGGGCACAACAAAUCUCGGUAACACAUCUAACUUUGGAAACUAAUGAAAUUAUUUUUUAAGGAAGCAAGCAAAACAUAGGCACUUAUACUUGUGAUUUGAAAUUUGAGGCACCUAACUUUGGAAACUAAUGUGUUUUUUGAAUGAAAAAUUCUUAGAUUAUAUCAAAAAUAAAGAAAAUGGGUAAGUUAGAAGGCCAUUUAAGCUAUUUUAGCCAAGUUGUGAACCUAUAGCCUUGUAAAUGCUUGAAAAUGUAUAAGAUUAACCAAUUUGAACCUAUAAACAUGUUUUUAUUCUAAAUAUGAGUUGUUUGAAUGACAAAGUCUUAGAAUAUAUCAAAAACAAAGAAAAUAGGUAAGUUAGAAGGUCAUUUAAGCCAUUUUAGCCAAGUUGUGAACCUAUAGCCUUGUAAAUGCCUGAAAAUGUCUAUGAUUAACCAAUUUGAACCUAUAAACAUGUUUUGUAUGCUAAAUAUGAGUUGUUUGAAUGACAAAGUCUUAGAAUAUAUCGAAAACAAAGAAAAUGGGUAAGUUAGAAGGCCAUUUAAGCCAUUUUAGCCAAGUUGUGAACUUAUAGCCUUGUAAAUGCUUGAAAAUGUCUAUGAUUAACCAAUUUGAACCCAUAAACAUGUUUUGUAUGCUAAAUAUGAGUUGUUUGAAUUACAAAGUCUUAGAAUAUAUCAAAAACAAAGAAAAUGGGUAAGUUAGAAGGUCAUUUAAGCCAUUUUAGCCAAGUUGUGAACCUAUAGCCUUGUAAAUGCUUGAAAAUGUCUAUAAUUAACCAAUUUGAACCUAUAAACAUGUUUUGUAUGCUAAAUAUGAGUGUUUUAAUGACAAAGUCUUAUAAUAUAUCAAAAACAAAGAAAAUGGGUAAAUUAGAAGGCCAUUUAAGCCAUUUUAGCCAAGUUGUGAACCUAUAGCCUUGUAAAUGCUUGAAAAUGUCUAUGAUUAACCAAUUUGAACCUAUAAAAAUGUUUGGUAUGCUAAAUAUGAGUUUUUUGAAUGACAAAGUCUUAGAAUAUAUCAAAAACAAAGAACAUGGGUAAGUUAGAAGGCCAUUUAAGCCAUGUUAGCCAAGUUGUGAACCUAUAGCCUUGUAAAUGCUUGAAAAUGUCUAUGAUUAACUAAUUUGAACCUAUAAACAUGUUUUUUAUGCUAAAUUUGAGUUGU